AGCGACCACCCAACGUAUGAUGUCAGCUCCUGCAAGUGCAGCAUCUCCGAAUAUAUAAGUUGAACGAUCUCACACUAGUUACUCAUUCGUUACUCUACUCACCACGAAUAAGCAUCAUGAUCAAAUACCUGACCAUUGCCUGCGUGCUGGCCGCCGUGUGCGCCGCCGCGCCGCAGCAGGACGUGCAGAUUCUGCGGUUCGACAGCGACGUACAGCCCGAUGGAUACAGCUUCGCGUAUGAAACCAGCGACGGCACCUCCCGCCAGGAGCAAGGCAAACUUGACAACCCGCAAUCGGAAGACGCCGCCCUCACCGUCACCGGAGAGUACGCAUACAUCGCCCCCGACGGCAAACACUACAAGGUCACCUUCACCGCCGGACCCAACGGCUUCCAGCCUAAGACUUCCCUUGGCCAGUAAACUGAUUUUAAAAUUGUCGUCCUUAAAACUAGAUGGAGGCAAAAACCCGCCAUUUCUUUUGAGGAUAGCAGCAAAUCUUAAUAGUGUCGUGACUGAAAUUCUGAAUACUUUUCUUUGAUCAUGACUCUUUUACGAUUUUGCAGUAAGUAGAUAAGCACCAUGUAAAUACUCUUUUACCUUUUAAAAGCCAACAAUUUAAAUAGCAAUAGCAAAUAUCCAAUCAACGAACGCUCAAUAAUUACGUUGCCGACGUUGCCGUGAACUUUCGAUCUCAUUUAUACAUGCUGAAGCAUAAAGAAUGAGGAAUCGCUGAAUCUAAAUUCUUGUGCCAUAAGAUAUCUUUUGUACUUUUUUAAUUUUUGUACCACGGUAUUUGAGCAUAUUUGCUCAAAAUAAAGUGUUUAAACAGU